UCCAAUCUUGCUCUCGCCCCUUCAUUUCCAAUCCCUCUCUCGAUCGCUCUCUCUCGCGUGGUCUAUCAAUGGGAAGGAGUUCAUCAAGGUCCAACCCUCCGAGACCGCGGAAGAGGGUGGAGGCGGAGACUGCCAGCACACUGAAGCGCGCAAGGGACGGGAGCGCCUUCACCAGAUGUGAGGCAUGCAAAAAGGAUGUUGCUGUCGUCCUCAUCGACAUGCAUAGCUGCAGCCUUGAUUCCAAAAUCAGGAUGACUCUUGAGUCUCAGGUUGUCGAGAAAGCAGUCGAGGCCAAGAAGCCCGUGGAGAAAAAAAGGGCGGUUUCCUCUGAAGGUAAGGAGAGGAAGGCAAAGAAGGGGAAGAAGUCCAAAGACUCCAGUGCCCCCAAGCGACCAGCCACUGCCUUCUUCCUCUUUAUGGAAGAUUUUAGGAAGACAUUCAAGGAGGCUAAUCCUGACAACAAGAGUGUAGCUGUGGUGUCUAAGGAAGGCGGUGAGAAGUGGAAGACCAUGUCAGAUGAAGAAAAGAAACCUUACAUCGAACGAGCAGCAGAACUCAAAGAAGAGUAUGCAAAAGCUGUAGAGAAACACGAUCAGGAAGAUGAGGAAGAGGAAAAAGAAGGAUCAUCCAAGGAAGAAGAAGAGGUAGAAGAAGAAAAUGAGGCCUAAGGAAAGAUUUGAUUCUCCUUUGUGUAAAUUUAAAUUAGUUAGAUGGUUUUGGCUUUCUUUGGCAACUGAUUGCCUCCCAUGUUGAACUCAAGAAACAGUUAGUUUUGAAGGCUGUAAUUUUGAAGAUUAUAUUUUCUGAAUCCA